AUGAGCGGCUCAAACAAGAAAAGUUGUGCAGUUUUUGGUGUCGAAGUGUUUCAGUGAAGAAAAUUUGGAAAAUCGUAAAUAUUAUUUGUGCCUAAACCAAAAAAAGAAAAAAAAUCAUCUUCGCAAUUCAAUUAAUGCUCGUGUUCCAUUGCAGAAAAUUGCAUAUUCGCGUUUUCCCAUACUUAAAUUCUUAAGAGCAAAGUUGUGAAAAUUAGAUUGACAAACAUAUUUUCUGGAAUCCAAUCGACACGUCGCCUCCUGUAAAAAAAUAUAUUUUAGUGUCUUGAAAAUUACGGCAUUUAUCAUAAAGAAUGAAGAAUUGAAAAAGGUGGAACACAAACACAAUAAAACGAAGCUAACAAGCAUCUCGAAAAGAGUUGGAAGAGAAGAACAGAAAAAAAACAAAUGUCCCUCAUACCCAGAGAACGAAGUCAGCUGAAUGUGAAUAAAUGAUGCGUCGCCGAGUGUGUGCGUUUUUAUAUGUUAGCCGCCGAAAUUUUCGUGAUUUUUGCAGUCACAGUGCUUGAGGUUUAUGAUUAGGUAUCAUAGUCAAGCGUUUGAUUUAAUGUAGUGAUAAUUAUUGUUUUGUGACCGUUAUUGAAUAAAGACUAAAAAUGCACAUUGCGGCUCCCGAAGGUGUUUGAUUUUUUUCUAGUUACUAUUAAGCCUGGAAUCACCCAAGCAAUUGUCAUUUCUAUUACUCGGUUGUGUGGUAUCCGUUUGUAAUGUGUCAUUUUAUAUCGCGGCUUUGGCGCCGGCUUGUAUAUUCACACAAGACUUCGUUCUCUGCUCCAAAUUCCGGACAGCAAACUGAAAUUAAUUACCAAUGGGAAACUUGAACUUUUUGGCGUUAGACCGGCGGCCAUACCAUUUAAUUUGAUUCGGUGCAUUUAUUGGUGUUUCUUGAUCAUUAUUGGGUCGCCUAUAUAGCUUUAUUUUCUUCUGCUUCUGCAGCCAUAAACUUAAUGAGAAAACGGAAAACGAAAAAAGUGUUUAUGUUUUGACACAUUCAUGUUUGUGUGUAUAGGUGAACAUAAAUUAUUUACGCAAAAAUCAUGUCCGAAGCAAAACGUGUUACAUUGACAACUAUUAGUAGUACGGUAUCCUCAUCUCUUCUGACGGCCGGUUCGUCGAGGUUCGGUGCAGAGUUUUUGGCUCCAACAGGAAAAUCGGCGGCACCCGCAUCAUCGUCCUCCAGUAAAAAUGGCUGUAAAACAUUGCGUUUGAACGUUGAACUAUUUCAAACAGAUUGCAAUCAAUAUCCAGAAUUUGAUUAUUCAAAAUUAGUGCAUGUGGAAAAGAAAAAAUUGAAAAAACUGAAACAGAAGACAAACGGUUUCUCGGAUCCCUUUGAGGAUAAUGACGAUGAUGUUGCGCGCAUUGCAAAGGAGUUGGAGAGAAAAUAUGGAAAUGCCUACGUCAGUGGACGAGGCAAGAAUAAAAGAGAUGAAAUCGACAUAGGUUUGGGCUAUGACGAGUCCGACUCUUUUAUCGAUAACACAGAAGCGUACGAUGAAAUGCUACCCGAUGAAGUGGAAACCAUUGAAGGCGGCUUCUAUAUUAAUUGCGGUGCCUUGGAGUUUAAAAAACUCCACACCGAAUCAACGACUACCAAAACCGAUGAAAUCAUAAAAAUGCCCAAUCGUCCAAAGAAACCGGUUAUUUCAUCAUCGUCUGAAGAUUCAUCCUCCUCGGAUGACGACGACGAUGAGGAGGAUGAUGAUGACGAUUCUGACGAUGAUGAGGAUGAUGAAGAGGAAGACUCUGCCGAAGAUGCUUCGGUUGAAACAACAAAGUCAAAGUCUAGCUCCUCUGCCCCUGCUGUUGAUAAAAAGUUGAAAGUCACCUUAAAUCCUAAUAAAAAGAAAGCAUCUAAUCCACCCCUGGAAAAUGGAAAUAAUCCCAAAAAGAGAAAAAUUAAAAAUAUUACCAGUGGUGUAUCGUCAGGAUCUUCUUCAAAUUCUCCAAAACCUGUGACAGAUGACUUGGCUUCUGAUUCAGAGAAGGAAAGAAAUGCCAAAAAGUUGGAGAAAACAACAACGGUGAAGGAUAUGUUAAAGGCUCAGCGCGACAACUUCCUGAAGGCACAAACAACCAGUGAUAUUAAAACUGGCAAUGGCAAAGUUAAGGGUAAAGCUUCGUCCGGAGACGACGACGAUGGUGAAUCUAGUGAUGAUUCCGAUGAGGAGGAUGACGAUGAUUCAGAUAACAGUGAUUCCAAUCAGAGUGCUCCCAAAGCGCAGACAGAUAAAAAAUCGGCAUCCAGCAAUGAAGAUAAUCAGGGCAAUGAAAAAUUAAGGUCUACAGACACAAAAUUACCUGAUUUGGAGCCCGAUGUAUUGGGAAGUGUUGUGGAAUUCCGUGAAGGUAUCAAAGCGAAAAAUCUACUGGGAAAGAAAUUUCAAUUUGAUGAUAAUCUGUCGGAGAGCUUUUUAAAAAUUGAUGAUGCAUUGCUGUGCAUUGAUAAAGGCGAUCGUAGCAUGGUCUAUGCCCAUUUGGAGUACCAACUUUUACAACCGAAAUAUUUCUUUUUGCGAAAAGCCAGACAGCUGCGCGAAAAAGAAGAGAAACUCAAGACCAAACGAGCCUUUAACAAACUACAGAAAGCCGUAACCGAAACAAUGCCUAUUGUUAUAGCAAGUUACGAAGCAGAAAUGAGAAGAUAUGCUGAACUGCAGGCGGCAAAUGUGAAUUCCGAACAGCCUCCCAAAAUGCCAAAGAAAAAAUUCCCUUGGAACCCCAAUUUAAGAAACUUGUUGUACGACGUUUACCAAGUACGUUGGACUUCAUAUCCUGUCCUCGGCAAGAAGAAAGAAAAUCUUGAAGAUUUCAUUACCAGCUAUAUGAGCAAGAAGGUUGUAGAAAUAUGGCCCAAAGGUUGGAUGCGCUACGAGGAGCUUCAAAAGGAGAUUGAACGGAGAAAGAAUGCAAUUAAAAAGGCUAAAGAAAAGGAAAAGUCAAAAACACUAUUGCCAGCUGUUCCGAAUGCGGCAGCAGUUCAACAUGCCAUCACAUCCAACACAGUCACAUUUAGUACUCAACCAAACCCUCCGCCUGAGACGAAUCCACGUUCGAAUGCCAAUUCAGAUACCGAUUCGGUGGCCAGCAGCAGCAAUACGUCAUCGAGUCUGAAACGCAAAAACACCGAUCCAAAUCCAAGCAAUAAACAAACUAAGGCCGCGAAGGCAGCCAAAUUAAAUGGCGAACAACACAAAUCCUCGAACACUAAAAAUAUGCCGACUGGCCUAGAUCUAACUUCGCCCAAUAAGAAAUCAGAUCAUAGCAUUAAUCACAUAAUAUCACCAACAUCUAUGGCUGCCGCCCAGCAAGCAACCACAUCUUCGAUUUUCAGUGCCACAGUGGCGGCUCUAUCUCAACCCUUGAAACAUUCCAGUAAUACACAUGUCAUUGAUCUCGACAAUUAUACGUGUCCCAGCGAAAUAAUGCAACAAGCCGCUGCGGCCAAUGCAGCUUUGGCAUCGUAUACAAUGACGUCUUCGUCGUCCAACACAAAUACCGUCUCACGGCGCGAAAGUAGCGGAGCUGAUUCGGAAAUUGAAAUUGUUGGUUAUUUUCCGCCAAAAAGUAAUGUAAACAAAAAACAGAAGACUAAUAGCCGUAGUGCUACACCGAACUCCUCUAAUCAAACUGGUUCCGAAAAGACUUACAAUAACAACAACAAUAAUAAAAAGAAACAGCCACCUAGUUCAACAAUAACAUCGGGAGCAUUAAAUCUACUGGGUGUUGAGGGCUACAAUAAAAUGGUGAAUGCAUUUAUGGAUUUGGGAGAGCCAAUUUUAUCUUCACCAGGGACGGCAGCCAAUCAACUACAGUCUCGACCGUCAACAUCCUCUUCACCAAUGCCCCCCAAUGUGCCACAUCAAUGACCCAAAACACCGUUGAGGAAUUACACACCAUCGUCGUCGCCCAAUCCACUGAGUUUAAUAGGCACCACCCCACCUAUAGCGACCAGUUCCAGUGUGACGACAUCUACGGCAUUUUACAAUCACGAACAAACUGUAGCAGCGGCCUUAGUAUUAUCCUCAUUGUGUGGUAAUACCUCAACGAUAACAACAAACACCACCGGUAAUAAAAUACCCUCACUGCCAGUCGUUACAUCAGCUCAAUCAUUGGGUAUUGCAUUUCCAGCAGCGGUAACGGCAUCAUCGGCAGUAGCAACGGGAGCAACAACACCACUACCGCUGUGCAAGGAUAAUUUAAACUUUAAUAAUUUAUCAACACUGCCUUUAUUUCUAACACCCCAACCGCCAUCCAGUAUAAAUAACAAUAGUUCUUCACUUGGUGUAAAUAUCAAAUCAUCGUUAUUGCAAGCCUCAUCCCUGACAUUGCCACCAGGAUUUUUAACACAAAAUCCUUUCCUAUUACCCUCACUCAGCGCCACCUCAUCAUCAUUGUCAUCAUCGUCGUCGAAUGAAUCCUCAUCAUUAAAAUACGAACGACACAUAAGAUCAACAUCCUCAUCCACCUCAUCUGGCUCAACAUCCACAUCGUCAUCAUCUGGAAGUCGUCGCCAGGCACAGCAUCAUCAGCACAUAAAGAAAUAAUAUAUUGUUCACAUCGAUUGUUAUACUUCUGUGACCAUAUUUCUUAUCCAGUGUAAAGUAUGUUUAUCAUAUUUUUUGUUAUAAUCGUUUAUUUUAUUUUUUGUCGUCAGUCUUAUUGAUUUUCUCAUAAUAGUACUACUUAAUCCAUUUCAAAAUUAGAAGAAAAAAGAAGAAAAUUUAAGAAAACUGUGUAUGUUGUUUAUUUAAGGAAACGUAAACCGUAAUUUAUAAUUUUUCUAAAAAUAAACAAAGAAAAUUUAAAUUAAGUACAAA